AUGGAUCCCCGUGGUAGAGGCCGAGGCCAAAAUCGAGGCCGAGGUCGAGGGAGACGGGCUGAACCCCUUCGUGAUCAAGGGGGCGAUAGAGCAUCGGAAGUAGAUACUAAAGAUAGGGCCUUGGAGAGGUUCCUGAAGUUUGGGCCGCCUAAGUUUCAAGGUGGGCCAGAGCCUGAAAUAGCUGAGGGAUGGUGGGAGAGAAUAUCUGAUAUUUUUGCCACCUUGGAUUACACUGAGACGCGGAAGGUGACUUUUGCGUCAUUUCAAUUUGAGGGAGCUGCACGGUCUUGGUGGAAUCUAAUUAAGGAUAAGUGGGAUAGAGACCGUACCCCUAGUACUUGGGCAAACUUCACCCGUGAGUUUAAUGCCAAAUUCCUUCCACCUCUAGUCCAAGAGAAAAGGGAGGACGACUUUAUUAAGUGCAAACAAGGGGCCAUGAGUGUAAUAGAGUAUGAGACCCACUUCACUAAAUUAGCCCGAUAUGCCCCUGACCUGAUAGCCACUGAGCAGAGACGCAUUAGGAGAUUUGUGCAAGGGCUCAAUGUGGAGAUUCGAGAGGGGCUAGGAACUGCUCAAAUUAACACGUAUAGUGAUGCCGUAGAGAAAGCUCAGAGGUUUGAGACGGCUAGAGCCCAAUCUAAGUCAUUCUUUGCUAGGAAAAGGAAUGCCCCUAGUGGUAGCAGGGACCCAAUUUCUACAAGUGCCCCAUCGCCUAAGAUGGGUAGAGGAACUGGGGUAGUGAAUAUCCCUCUUGCAUCGAGAGGUGCUUUAACAAGGGGUGCUGGAGCUAGAGGCUCUGGGGCGAGAGGAUCUGGAGUGAGAGGAGGUCAAAGUGGAAGGGGACCCCCUAGGAGUGCUCCACAAGGUGUACAAGUGUCAACCCCUCAGAUAACCUGUGGUUACUGUGGAAAAGCCAAUCAUACCGCAAAUGAGUGCUGGAGAAAAGAGGGCAAGUGCCUCAGGUGUGGGAGUGCUGAGCACCAAAUUGCUAAUUGUCCUAAGAUUUCCGAGAAUGGGGGAAGCCAAGGAGGUGCCACAAGUUCUAGGCAAACUGCUUCUGGAGGGAGUCGGCCAAAGGUCCCGGCCAGGGUUUAUGCCCUAGAUAGUCAACCUGUACCUGACCCUUCGGAGGUAGUCGAAGGUACACUUCCAAUCUUUCAUCGAUUAGCUAAGGUUUUAAUUGAUCCCGGUGCGACUCAUUCGUUUGUUAAUCCUGCUUUUAUGUGUGGAAUUAAUGUAAAGCCUGUACGAUUACCCUAUGAUUUGGAAUUUAGGACUCCUACGGGUAAUAAAAGCAUACUCACUAGUUUGGUGUAUAAGGAGUGUGAAUUUUGGGUUGGGGAGCGAAAAAUGCUAGUUGACUUGGUGAGUUUGGAUCUUAAGGGGUAUGAUGUGAUUAUAGGAAUGGACUUUUUGUCUUACCACCAUGCUAAACUAGAUUGUAGAGCUAAAGUGGUGGAAUUUUGCAUCCCAGGAGAGGCAACUCUCAAGCUAGAUAUAAGGGGUAGAUUAGCUUCGUCUGCUUUGAUUUCAGGGAUUCGAGCUAGGAAAAUGCUUCACAAGGGAGCCCAGGGUUUCUUAGCUUUCUUAAUUAACGCCCCUAGUGACCAAGUGAAAUUAGAAGAUGUGCCAAUCGUGCGAGAUUUUUCCGAUGUCUUUCCGGAAGAAUUAACAUCUUUGCCACCUGAAAGGGAGAUAGAGUUUAAGAUUGACUUGGUUCCAGGAGUAGCCCCAAUUUCAAAAACUCCUUAUGGAAUGGCUCCUGCGGAGUUGAAGGAACUAAAGAUCCAGUUGCAGGACCUACUAGAAAGAGGUUUUAUUAAGGAAAGUAACUCACCGUGGGGAGCUCCAGUUUUCUGGAUGAUAGAUGAUAGAUGGUGGAGGACCUUGUCAUUUUCUCAUGGUAUAGAUGAAAAAGAUCCACAUGAACAGAUUGAUAAUUUGAAAGUGGAACUGAAACUUUUAACCAACUUUACUGAUUUACAUAGAAUUUUGACCUAUUCUGAUGACAAGUGGGUGUUGCGGUCUCAUGUGGACGAAACAAUAGCUGGCAUAGACAAGAAAGCUGAUCCAGCUCCUGUUAAGUUGCUUGAAAAGAUGGGGAUUCCAAGGUUGAGGUGUUCUUCUGGAGCUGCUAAGCCAAAAUAUCCAUUUGGAGUCCCUUGUGGAGAAUAUUAUUGA